GUAGUUUGGAGUCCGGAAGCAUCAUGGAUAUGGGGAAGCUAAAAACUCGUUGUCAUAAACAAAUCGGAAUGCAUCACCAUUAUCUUUCUUAGUCUUGGAGGAGUGCAAUCCUCUGUGAUCAUACUGAAAAAUGUCAGGCCACGAGGAGUUGGACAAGGGUGUGGACAUGUGGUCCUCCCUUCGCUGUCUGGGGUAUCUCUCCAGCUUCAACCUGCUGGUAGCCGUGUGCUUGGGAAUGUACGUACGAUGGGAACAGACUUCAGAGCCCAUGAUUCUGGUCAUCUUCAUCUUGGGUUUGUUCGUUUCGGCCAUAGCUUGUAUCCUCUACUACUACUUUUCAAUGGAGUCGGCCAGUUUAAGUCUCUUCCACCUGUGGUUCGGCUUCCUGCAGGGACUCCUGUGCUUCCUGAACAGCCCGUCUCUGGAGAAGGACAUAAAGGAGCAGGUCACAAACUACCUGUUGCUCGCUAGCGUGGCUGUUCGGACACUCUGGGCCCUAACAGAACGUCUGUGCGGAAGCGCUACGUAUAAACCAGUCGUUCUCACGUCGUCUGAGCUUUUAGAGCUCCUGGGAUUUGGCGUUGCAAGCAUCAGCUUGGUUUUCCACAAAUCACUGGCCAUGAUUGCUCUGACGUUCUCGUUGACGGCCCUCAUCGUUGACCUUCGCAUGAAGUCGCCCUUGGCUCUUCCUAAUCUAGCCUGCUUCGCUGUGAUCACCGCCGUUACCUUCUUCCAGUCCUUGGCAAUCCAAACAAACCCCUUCGCGCUCAGCUGCUACCUGGGACGUCUUAUCUGCGAGCCCCUUCUGGACGUGUACUUCAGCAGCUUGUCGGCGACAGAACGCUGGAAGCAGUUUCUCUCAGCCGGUCGUCUUUGGAGGAGGUUUUCUCUGUUCCCGCUGACAUUCGUUGAACUGGCGUUCUUCGUGCUCUGUGCCUUGAAACUGGGCGACCUGAAGGCCUGGUAUCUGGUCAUCCCUGGCUUCUGUGUCUUUGGCCUUUUGUGGAUCCUGUGCCACAUGGUGUUCCUCGUCACACUGUGGUGCUUCCACACCAAGCUAAGCGAGUGUCAGAAGGCGUGGGCGGCCCAGCGCUCGCAAACGCUCAAUUUGGACAGGAUCAUGGCCUCCAGGGGCAUGCGUCAUUUCUGUCUCAUCUCCGAACGGCUGGUGCUCUUCUGCCUGAUGUCCACCAUCAUACUAGGGGCUGUCUCAUGGCAGGUCACUAAUGGACUCUUCAUGAGUGUGUUGUUAGUGGUGCUGCCACUGGAGUCUCUGGCUCAUGGACUCUUCCAUGAACUGGGCAACUGCUUGGGAGGCACCUGCGUUGGAUAUGCGGUUGUAAUUCCCACUUGCUACAGCAGUGCGGAUGGACAGCUGUUACUGUUGCCUCCGGGGCAAGCCCAGGAAUUGCACUCUACUGCUACUCUGAACGCUGUUCAGCGACUCUUCUCCCACCACCUCAUCCAGACCUUUGGAUGUGACUACUCCACCAGUCUAAGCCUGGACACCCUGCAGAACAAACUUCGCUCCUUUCUGGAGCUCUGUACCGCUGAAGGCCCACGGCACGACACCUACAUCCUCUUCUACAGUGGCCACACACUUCCCAGCGGAGACUGGACUCUGGCAGGUGGCGAGUGCUUGCGUCUGCAGCAGAUCCUUGAUAUGUGGAAGGAACGCAAUUCCAGCUUCUCCUCCCGCCUCAUCCUGGUCCUGGACACUGAGAAUUCUGCGCCGUGGGUGAAGGCGGUGCGAAAGGUAGAAAAGAUGUAUGUGGCAGUGCAAGGAGCCAAGAUGAGCCCCAUCCAGGAUGCCGAAGCCCAGGAAGCCCCUCGUUUGGGAGACUUCACCGCUGAGUGGGUGAAAUACAACUGCGAUCCUGAGAGUGGCAUCCAGUGGUCAGAAAGAGGUCGGGUCAUCUCCGCGAUAUACGGGGUGUCCAAACCCUGGAGUGACUACGCUCUCCACCUCCCCACCGGAAGCGAUGUGGCCAAGCACUGGAAGACGCAUUUCCCCAAGGCCACGUACCCAUUGGUGGCUGUGGCGAACUGGUGCUGUGGACUCAACCUCCUGUGGCUGUGUAGCGUGUGUUUGCGCUGCGUCAGGAGACUGAAACUUUCUUGGUUCCCUCCCAGCAUACUAGACACGGGACAGGGGAUUAAACUAGUACGAUCAUAGGUUGACCGAUUGGUUUGCUUCUACACAAUGUAUAUACAUCACCAUAUUUUUUUUCUAUGCAACUUUUGGGAUAUCCUUUAGUGAGUUCAGUUGCCUGAAGUUCACUUGCCUUUACAAAUUGCUAUAAUCAGACAAACGUGGAUCACUCAAUCCUGCUUCUAAAGAUAUACUUUCCUAUAGAGUUUAGAGUCUCACAUACUUUUCAGAUCAACCCAAAAGACUUUGAUUGGAAGUUUCAAGAAUAUUUGCAGGUAGGUUGAUCUUUAGGAACAGGAUUAAGCUCCGUUGUCAUACGAAAAUGCCUUUGUUUAUCUAUGUGCCCUAUAUUGCCACUGUCUUAUCUCAUAUGAAUCUGUGAUACUAAAAAAAGCAUCUGCACAGUGUUGAGACAGUGCCAAGUGCCUUGUGUUAAUUUAUUAAGUCUAAAGUGGCUUUUCUCUGGAUUUGGGUGAAAUUUGUGUAUUGCAAUGCAUUCGGUCUCAGGCAAAGUCAAGCAGGAAAUCUAGCUGUACCUUUUUUUUUUUUGCCAAACUGUCUGGUUUAGUUGUUUCUUUACGACUUCUACAAAAGCCAAUGCUUAAACCAUACUGUGCCAUAUUUUAUUUUGUAUUCUUUGUCGGGUUUUUGUGUUGAAGAGUUGACCUUUAUUAGUUCUUUUUCAACAGACUAGUGUCCUUUAAUAAAGACUGUUUAAAGUAAACAAUUUGGUAAGUAGGUGUUCUCUUUCAAGCCAAAAAAAUGGAGGAUGACUGCAUAUAGCGCUGAAAAAUCAAUGACGUUUUAAUGCAUACAAUUGAGUCAUCAGUAUCCCAGUCUAUGCUGGCUCUAUCCCCAUUCCAAUGCAAAUUCAUGCUUACAAUAUCCUGAUUCAGGACAUGGGGAACAAAGGCAAGUAAUGGGAUGCAGCACCUGACUUUGUUUUAUAUAUAGCUAUAAUGUACAUAUAUAGCAUUUCAGUAAUGUUAAAACAGGGCAUGUGAUGUCAUGGAAACAGUGAUUCUGUCAGUUUGUUCAUUCUUGUCCUUUAGAGAGCACGACCUGCGUUUCACUGCAGCUGAACACGUCUCCCAGGCAACAUUUUAGAGUCACUUUCAUGCAUUUUAUUAGUUCAGCACAGCAGGUGGGUGAACUACGGCUACCUUGAGGCUGUUUUUUCAAAGUGAGGGGGAAAACCUUUCCUUGCUUGUCUCUUAAAUGUAUGGAGAACAUUUAUGUCAGUUUUAUUACCUAUACCCUCCAGAACGCAGUUCCUGCUACUUGAUGACAUUUCUCUGUUGUUAGCAUUUUUGCUAAGGUCAGUGAUUCAUGUACAUACGACAGAACUGUUUUAUGCAAUGAUUAGAUUAAAGCUAGCUUCAUCCUCUAAACUGAAUUAGCAGUGCUCUGCUUCACCUAUUGAGGAUUGCUGAGUCAGAUCACGAUGAACAAACACAC